AUGACUUCUACAAAUUCAUCGAUGACGUCAUCGUCAUCGGAAUUCGACGAUUACGAUACGAGUCAAAUAAUUGGUCUUCAAGUGAAAACGAAUGAAGAAUAUGAGGAUAUUAUUGCGGAUGCUCUAUGGCCAAAUGCGGUGGAGCAGUGGUUCGUCUUCAUUCUCGGCACAAUGAUGGUGAUCGGAGUCGUCGGAAACGCGUUGGUUGUGGUUGUGGUGUCGACGAACAAGUCAAUGCGAAAUGCUCUCAACUUGGUGCUGAUGAAUUUGGCGAUUGCUGACCUUCUGAUUCUCCUUUUUUGCCUUCCACUCACCGUAGUCAAUGAUGUCACCAAGACAUUCUGGUUCUCGGCGGUCUUCUGUAAAAGUGUCAAUUUUAUUAAUAACACCUCUGUCUAUGUCAGUAUCAUGUCCCUGGUAUUCAUCACUUGUGAACGCUGGCGAGCCAUCACGUACCCCUUGAAAAGCCCAUUUGUACGCACUAGAAGUGUUAUUGCUGGAAUUUGGCUCCUAGCAAUGUUCUUGUCUUCACCAGAACCGGUGACCCUCCACCUGGCCGGUGCACGAUUCGUCCGUCCCAAUUUUACGACUCAGUGGGGAACUCGAUGCAAGGAGUCAUGGUCCGAGGAGUUCCAAAUGAACUAUCAGCUCGUCCAAACCAUUUUCUCAUUUGUCCUCCCACUUUUGGUCAUUUCUGUACUCUGUCUUCAUAUGGUACGGACCCUUCAUUUCUCAUCAAACCAUUUGACCGUCGCCAGCCGUCAAAUAAGCAUCCGAAAGAAGGCAGUGCGAAUGCUCUGCGCUGUGGUUAUGCUCUUUGCGAUUUCCAAUCUUCCCGUACAUCUUUAUAAUAUUGCUUUGUAA